GAGUGGAGAUCUUAUCCACACCGUACCACGGCCAGAUACCCGAUCUUGCUUGGAUGGCGGGGUGAAACCCGAUCGUCUGAUGUGCUGCCCAAAACCUGGAGGAGUGACUUACCGGGACACGUUAAAAAUGUCUUCUUCCUCAAGCGAGGUCAUUUGCGCCGAUGAAAUCAAGAGGGAAAGCACAAGGGCACUGGAGAAUCGGGGGAGUGUCAAGCUGUCAGUGCUGGACCCUGCGGAGUUGUCUAUGGAGAAUGCAACUUCGGCCGCAGCUGGCGAUGCGGUUCGAGCCGAACUUUUGGAGUGCACCCCUUCGUCCCUGGCCUUCUCCCCAGAACAGGUAGCGUGCGUCUGUGAGGCUCUGCUGCAGGGAGGCAAUGUGGACCGCCUUGCCCGGUUCCUGUGGUCACUGCCGCAGAGUGACCUGCUGCGCGGCAACGAAAGCAUCCUGAAAGCCCAGGCAAUUGUGGCUUUCCACCAGGCUCGCUACCAGGAGCUGUACUGUAUUCUUGAGAACCACAACUUCAGUCCGUCCAACCACUCAUCGCUCCAGGACAUGUGGUACAAGGCGCGGUACACCGAAGCGGAGAAGGCGCGGGGCAGACCGCUGGGUGCCGUGGAUAAGUACCGAUUGCGCAGGAAAUAUCCUCUCCCAAGGACUAUCUGGGACGGGGAAGAGACGGUAUACUGCUUCAAAGAGAGAUCCAGGAAUGCGCUCAAGGAUAUGUAUAAGCGGAACCGGUACCCGUCUCCCGCCGAGAAAAGAAACCUCGCCAAAAUCACUGGGCUUUCGUUGACACAAGUGAGCAACUGGUUCAAAAACAGAAGGCAGAGAGACAGGAAUCCCUCUGAAGCGCAGUCGAAAAGCGAAUCUGAUGGUAAUCACAGCACGGAGGACGAGUCCAGCAAAGGUCAGGAGGAUCUGUCCCCUCGUCCGCUGUCCAGCAGCUCCACCGGGUCAGCUGCCCUGGGCAACGGCCCGCCCGUGAUCUUCUCGGACGUCGGCACCACUGUCAUCCAGCAAAUCGGCGAUGUCAAGAUGGCUGCCAAUGCAGCAGGGGCAAUGGGCUUCGGGAACGAUCUGUCCGGCGCCAACUCGCACUUCCUCAAUGGUGGCGGUGGUGGAUACGUCCACCCACACGGCAACAACAUGCUGCUCAACGGUCUGGGGACAGGCGGGCACUUCUUGACCUUUGACCCCCAGAGGGCAAGCCUGGCACAGGAAAGGCUGCAGGGUGGCGGAGGCUCGUACGCCCAAUUUGCCCUGGGACUGUCGGACGCGACGGGAGGAGCGGGGAAGCUGGAAGGCAUGCAGGCUCUGGUCGGCCACUCAGAGGACGGGGGAGCAUCGUCGGUGGUCACCUUCACGCAUUCGUCGUCCUCCUCCUCGUCCUCGUCCUCCUCUACCUCCGGACUUGCACAGCUGGGCAGCUACAGUGUGGUUCACGUCCCUGGCACGGAGGCAUCCAUGGGCCUACCACCACUGCUGCUCCCACCCUCCUCCACAGCGACCUCUCAUGGCUCAGCAUCCAUGGGUAGUGUGGUCAGCGAUGCCUCCCAGCAGGCCAGUCCCCCCGUGCUCUACACCCUUACCCAAGCCGUGAAGCAGGAGCCCCUGGAGGCUGGCGCGGGAAACCCUGGCGGCUACUCCUACCAGACGGACAUGUCUCUGGACCAAACGGCCCACCUGGGCUACACCGCCUCUCUCUUCCUCUCCUCGAACAUGGCCGCCGCCCCUGCAUCGUCCACCCCCUCCUCUUCCUCUUCUUCUUCCUCCAUCGCCCUCAACCACACCACCACCACCGUCACCACCUCCGCCCUGUCAGGCGCCGAGGGCCUCGUUGGGCAGUCCCACUCCGGCCGCAUGGACAUGGGCGGAGUGGUGCCCUCGGACUACCGGGACCACGGCGGCGCGCUGUCGCUCUCCGAGUCCCUGGAGGUAGCCACAGGGCCAGGGGCCGCAGCCGGCGCCGUGAGGGCCAUCUGCGGAGAGCUGGAGCUGGAGGGUAAAGAGCUGGCCAAGUUACAAACUGUUCAGAUGGACGAGGAUGGCAAUGACCUCUGACCCUCCUGCCCCCACCCCCAUGUUACCCUAGCAACCUGCCUCUCUCUCUCUCUUUCUCCCUCUCUCUCAGUAGCACAGCGGGUUUAGCAGAGGAGAGUCAUGGCACUCGGAGGUGAGUGUGUGAGUGUGUGUGUGGGGGCAUGGCAGGUCCCCCAGAGUGUGUCCUGUCUUCCUGUGCAACACUCCCAGACAGCUCACAGCGUCUAGAGUCGCAGAGUUCAUCUCAUCCCAACUGCAGAACAAAAACAAAAAUUUGAAA